UAUCAGUCAAAUAACCUAUAUGGAACACGUUGGUGGUUGAAAUCGCUACUUCGUGACUUGGUGAGAUCACGAUUUACUGGUCUUAAUAAAUAGGACUACAAAAUCGCUAGUGUCAGAAAUCACUGCUCCUCAAUAUGUUGCGUAUCGUAUGUCUCUGCGUUAUUUUGGGCAUCGCCCUUUCUGCGAAGCCCGAGAUCGGCAGCCCACACUGUGUCAGCGUGCUCGCCACUGACUGCUCCACGUACAGUCCCGAGCCCGUCUGUGCGUUUGAUGGACAAACACAUGUGACCUACCAAAACAGCUGUGAGUUUGCAAAGGGCAUCUGCACCCAUCACGGACACAGCCUUCACGCCGUGCACGAGGGACCAUGUGACCCCGCCACGGACACGCCUUAAAUUGAGAGACCUUUCUGACAAAUGAAAUGAUUGAAACACACGAUACAUCUGUUGUAUUAAUGUUAGUCUAACAACGACAUUCAACAAUAUACAAUUUGAUUGUUGAUGAAAAUCCUAAGUUUUAAAUACACAUCCGUUAUCAAAAGAA